CAAACCUCGCGAGAUGUCGGGCCAAGCACAACAAAGAUGGCGACUUGCUGAUCGUCCAUGCGGCCCCUGAGACAAGACAGUGCAGAGUUUAGAGGCUUUUUUGUAGCCUAACUUGACAUAUUUCCACCUCGCUUGUUUAGAAAAGUCAAGCUUCGAGCAGCUCGGCCAACCAAGCAACAUGCAGCACGACGACGUGAUUUGGGACAUAAUAGGCAACAAGCAGUUCUGCUCACAUAAAGUCAAGACCAAAACCCAGAGUUUCUGUCGUAACGAGUACAACGUGACAGGUUUGUGUAACCGCUCAUCCUGCCCACUGGCCAACAGCCAGUAUGCCACCGUGCGGGAGGAGAAAGGACAGUGUUUCCUCUACAUGAAGGUCAUCGAGCGAGCAGCCUUUCCUGCCAAAAUGUGGGAGAAGGUGAAGCUGAGCAAGAACUACGAACAGGCCCUGGAACAGAUUGAUGAGAACCUGAUCUACUGGCCUCGCUUUGCACGCCACAAGUGUAAGCAGCGCUUCACCAAGAUCACGCAGUAUUUGAUCCGCAUGCGCAAGCUGCUCCUCAAAAGACAGAGGAAGCUGGUUCCACUCAGCAGGAAGGUGGAGCGGCGGGAGAAGCGCAAAGAGGAAAAAGCUCUGAUCGCCGCCCAGCUGGACAACGCCAUCGAGAAGGAGCUGCUAGAGAGGCUCAAACAGGGCACGUACGGAGACAUCUACAACUUCCCCAUGCACGCCUUUGACAAAGCUCUGGAGGAGCAGGAGGAGGAGAGCGAGGCGGAGUCUGAGACGGACCAGGAAGAGGAAGAGGAGGAGGAGGAUGUGGGCCAGAAGGAGUUUGUAGCAGCUGAGGACAUGGACGAGAGCGACCUCAGCGACUUUGAGGAAAUGAACAAGUUGAUGGCGAGCAGCGAGGAAGAUGAGGACAUGACCACUGAGGAAGAGGAGGAGGCCAAGGGCAAAUCUCCCGCCAGGAAGAAGCGAGCGUACGUGGAGAUAGAAUACGAGCGGGAGGCGGAGCCGCCUGCCAAGAGCGUGACUACGUAGCAACUGUUGCCACGGCAACAAACUUUUUUUUUUUGCAAUUAUUUGAAUAAAACAUCUUCCAUG